ACUCUGAAAAACGUAAUAUUACCAGUUUAAUCAACACAUCAAAGGCCUUGUUCACCGGACAGAAUAUUACUCGUAUUACUGCACGAAAUCGAUGAAGAUGAAGUUACCCAAGAAAUUGACCAAAUAUCAUUUACGCAUAAUUUUCGGUGGAAUUCACAUUAUUCUCGGAUUAAUAUAUAUCGGCCUGCAAAUUAUAGUGGAAAUCAGCAGUUGGACCUUCCACACCCAGAACACCGCCGAGGACUUCCUGAAACCCGGCUUCGUCCUGGGCGCUAUGGAACUCUUCUACGGAAUCCUUACCAUUUCCCUCUUCUUCCAAAAAUCCUUCAACUACCCGCUGCGGCUGAUGGAAGCCAUCGUGGCCGCCGGCGCCCUGAUGUCCAUCAUCCUGUACAUCGCCAUCCGCUUCCGCUGGUACGCCCAUGACCCGGACUUCACUGACAACUUCACGGAUUGUUACAACGCACCGCUGUGGCCGGAAUACUACAUGUGGAACCGGCCGCCACAUUGCAGCGCCUAUUUCAUUAAGCGUGUGAUUAUGUGGGUGAUGAUGGGCGGGGUCUUUGGGGAUCUGGUACUGGAUUUUGCCCAGUUGAUUUUGCUGAGGAUUCUGUGGUUGAAGGAUUCGUUUUGACGGGUGAUCUACGAAGUUAACUGGCUUUUUAACCUACGAAGUGUUUAUGAAUGUAUACUACGACCAUUUUGAACGGGUUUAUUUGUAAUGGACAUUCACUGCAUUUUAUUGCUUCAUGAAAUUUAGUUGUACAUAAAAGCGAUAACGUUAUUCCAUUCAAGCAGCAGCUACGUGCGCCGUUAACAUUCAUUUUGUGAUGAGUUGUAUCGCUUGGCUGCAUGAGAGAAAACACCGGCUGC